AGCUUCAGUCAGCGCUCACACCUUAUCACACAUCAGAUAAUCCACACAGGAGAGAAGCCCUACACAUGCUCUGAGUGCGGGAAAAGCUUCAAUCAGCGCUCAAACCUUAUCACACAUCAGAGAAUCCACACAGGGGAGAUGCCCUACACGUGCUCUGAGUGCGGGAGCUUCAGUCGGCGCUCAAGCCUUAUCACACAUCAGAGAAUCCACACGGGGGAGACGCCCUACACAUGCGCUGAGUGCGGGAAAAGCUUCAGUCGGCGCUCAAGCCUUAUCACACAUCAGAGAAUCCACACAGGGGAGAUGCCCUACAUGUGCUCUGAGUGUGGGAAAAGCUUCAGUCAGCUCUCAAACCUUAUCACACAUCAGAGAAUCCACACAGGGGAGAUGCCCUACACGUGCUCUGAGUGCGGGAAAAGCUUCAGUCGGCGCUCAAGCCUUAUCACACAUCAGAGAAUCCACACGGGGGAGACGCCCUACACAUGCGCUGAGUGCGGGAAAAGCUUCAGUCGGCGCUCAAGCCUUAUCACACAUCAGAGAAUCCACACAGGGGAGAUGCCCUACAUGUGCUCUGAGUGUGGGAAAAGCUUCAGUCAGCUCUCAAACCUUAUCACACAUCAGAGAAUCCACACAGGGGAGAGGCCCUACUCGUGCUCUGAGUGCGGGAAAACCUUCAAUCGGGGCUCACACCUUAUCAGACAUCAGAGAAUCCACACAGGAUAG